UCAAGGCCCAAAAAAACAUUUUCUCGAAAUAUAAAAACUACACUUGACAACAUCAGGAAAACACUUGAAAGCAUUAGUUUUCAUGUCUGUGUAUUAGUUCAAUAUCAAGGGGAAUCCUUUCAUCACUGUAACGUCUUUAAUUGCUCAUUACAGCGUCUGUCGCCGGGGUCUCCGUUUUUGAUUGGACACGCCGCUGCCCUCGGUGUCCUCUGAUUGGCCACCUCGACGUCUCCGUCGCGCACGACGUUUCCGGCGUCCGUGUUGGCGCAUGCUCAGUUCGCUCGUCUCCGCUCUUUUAUUUACUCUCUCUCAUGUAAGAUGGCCGUUCUGAGCGACUCGGUCCCCCGAGCGUAGCGAUCCAGGAUGCUUUCGCCUCCAAAAUCGACUUUCAUCCUGCCAUCUCUACCCGCGAGCUUCCCGUGAGGCGCGGAGGGGACUCUAGCAUCCGCGCGGCCUCCGAGCGUCCCGUCCGUCCGACUCGAAGCUCUUUAAAUCAAGUUGUUUGGCCCCGCUGCCGAGUGUGUGUCCAAGAACCCUGAUCAUCCAAAUGGCCGAACCGAGAAAAGUGCAGUUUGUCACCCUGUCGGCCCUGGCCGGCGGUCCGGGCGCGGAGGGCAGGAGACGGCGGCUGGAAGAGGACGGAGAUGCGGAGACCAGCUUUGACAUAGAGGGCAGGACGAUGAUGACGGGCGCCGGGGUGACGGCGACGGGUGACCGCGGGGGUUCGAUGGGGAAGAGAGACGGCGACGAGCCCCGAGGGAAGACGGUGCGGCUCGAUCUGUGUUUGUCCGAGCCCGACGAGCAGCGCUCGGCCGAGUUUAACUACAGCGAGCUCGUUCAGUCUCAACAGGCCAAGAAGGUCCCACGAGUAUCCACGUCUGUCCUGGACCCAAACGACCCAUUUAACGACGAUGAGAGAGAACGGCAGAAAGUCGAGGCGCUGGCCAAAAAGUUUGAAAGCAAAUAUGGUAACGCGGGGAAAAAGAGGCGGAAAGAUCGGAUGCAGGAUCUGAUUGACAUUGGCUUCGGAUAUGAUGAGAGUGACCCCUUCAUAGACAACACGGAAGCUUAUGAUGAGCUUGUUCCAGCAUCUCUGAGCACCAAGCUCGGAGGAUUCUACAUCAACACGGGUACUUUGCAGUUCAGAGCCGCCUCUGAAUCUGAAGGAGAGGAUGGAGAAAAAGAUAAAAAAUCCAGGAUGAGAGCUGGAGAGGAGCCAUUGAUGAAGAGAAGGAAGAAGAAAGACGGUACCAGUAUAGAAGAGAAGAAACCCAGAAAGAACAAAGUAUCCAAACAAGGAGUGACCGGCCUCAACCUUCACCGUCCUGAAAAGAAGAAAAGAAAGAAACUGAUGAAGGAUUCGCUGUGUCUUGCUGCAAUGCUCCGGCGUUUCACCAGAGAGAAGGAAGAACUUCGGAAACUGGACACUAACACACCUCGCGUGGGCCCUGGGCUCACCAGCAUGCCCAAUUCCCACAACCUCCUGCAGAACUCUCAUCUCCACGGCAACAACAACGACCUUUCACUGGCUGACCUGACAGCCGAUCCCGCUAUGAUGUCGUUGCUCAGUUCGGCCAACGAAAGCGAAAUUCAGGAUAUCAUGCAGGACCUGGACUUUAGUUUUUUGGAUGGGGGUCUUCAGAUGACCCCUUCGGGCAGGGAGAACGGACAGGUCGAGACGGGCUCAUCUAGGCACAAGAUGGGCGGAGGGGUGUUGAGUCGAGGGCUCAUCUCUCCUCCACCUCUCCCUGAGGGACUUCCGGCACCCUUGAUCAAACGGAUCGAGGACCUACGAGCUGCAUCAAGGCAAUUUGAUCAAGAAGGCAGAAAGAAAUUCUUCACUCUGGAUAUGAAUAAUAUCUUGCUGGACAUUGAGCUGCAGGUUCAGGAGCAGCCGGUAGACGUCCGAUCACAGGUGUACUUUCACCUGGAGGCCUUCGUGCCCUGUAACAAAGAGGCGCUACUCAAACGCCUCAAAAAACUCAGCCUCAACAUCCAGGAUGACCGUCUGCGCGCACCCUUAUUAAAGCUCAAACUGGCCGUGUGCAGUGUCAUGCCAGAGCAGAUCGCCAAAUAUAACAUGGACUGCAUGGCGAAAGUUGCUGCCAAGCAGCAGAUGGAGGAGGGCGAGAAGAACGGAUCUGAGGACGAUGAUGACGAGAAACCAGAGAGGGUGAUGGGACCAAGGAAGAAGUUCAUAUGGGACGACAAACUCAGGACUCUCUUGUGCAACCUGGUGCGUGUGAAGCUCAGCUGCUAUGAGCUGGAGCAGUGUUCUCUGUCUGUGGAAGACUAUCUCAAAGCAUUCAUGGAGAAUGAAGUCAAACCUCUCUGGCCCAAAGGCUGGAUGCAGGCCAGGAUGCUUUUUAAGGAAAGUCGUGUGGUACACGGUCACCUUACAGGCCUGGGUAAGAAAAGAGUUGUUCCAACCCCCAAAGUUGCCAAAAUGACGGAGGUCGGCUGGACCCAGAGACCCGCCCCAGGUGUUGGAACUACUUCUACCUCUCCUGCCUUACCUGCGUGCAGACCGCCGUCCUCACCCUCCGAACCUAUCUGCCUCUCAGAUUCACUGGACGAAGAUCUGGCCGCUAACUCCCUGGACUCCAUUUCCCAGGCUCUAGCUCUUCUCAGUAACGCUGCCAAGGGUCUGACGCCAAACAACGGCGUACCUGCCUCAUCUCCUGGAAUUGCCAGAUCCUUAUCGGUGGUCAGCCACUAUUCUUCUCCUCUGUCGCAUUCCUCCCAUCCAGGAAAGAUGGAGCCCUCUGUUAUCUCGAAUAAGAGCAGUUUAACUACCUCUCCUUCCCUCUCCUCUCCAAUCACCUCAUCUCCUUUGUCUUCCAUGCGAGGAGAGACCUUCGGGAUGUUGAAAGAUACCGGACCCUUGCAGAGACAUCCGGUAACUGGUGCGCACAGAGUCAGCGUGUCUGGGAUGAACGCAGUGCAGGCUGCUAAGCCCCGCCCACCCCCUACCGCCUCACCCCUCUUGCCACCCCAGCAGAGGUCCUUUGGGGCGAUCGUUAAGAUGGGUCCAACUCCAACCCCUGUCGGACAAGCCAAGAACUGUGCUAACAAAUCCAGCGUCGCUGGUGGGAUAACUAGUACCGGAGUUUCCCAUCAGCCUCGUAUGAGCCCGCACCUGUCGCAGUUGAACCCCAAAAGCCCUCAGCAGUCACGGGUACCCAGUUCUCCCCCUACGAACUCUUCCACCCUGGUAUCACAGGCCAGGACUCCCUCUAUGCCACACAACCAGUCAAACUUUAUCACCCCCAUGCAAGCCACGCUUACUAAGUCUUCCCACAGUAGUAGCUCUCCCAUCAUCAAACUCACACCACGACCCCCUGCUCCCACCCCUCCUCCCUCUUCCUCUCCUUCCCCUUCAUCAUCUCCCUCCCUGAUUCAUCCUAGACCUCAGAUGAUCACCAGCCCUCACCAGUUUACCCCCAAGAGCCAAGGCUUCAGACCACCGUUUACCACACAUGGUCCUGGAGUCAAAUCCGGAUCUGGACAGGCAAUCUACAGUUUUGCAGGUGGUCAAAAAUCCUCAAGUCCACAGGGUAGCGCAGCGAGCAACACUAUAGCCACCUUGAUGGUUUCGCCACUGUCAGGGGGUUGCCAGGACAGCAGUCCCUCCCCUUCAGCAGUACCAGCCAAUCACAGCCAGCGGCAGAGACCAAUGGUAGGGGCUAGCCAGAGUGCCAAGUCCUCAAGUCGGGCAUCAGCCAUGACCCUACAGUCUCCUCCUCCUGUCUCCUCUCACCACUCACAGGGUUCAACAGCAUCAGGAAGUAACCUCUUGAGCUCAAUAACCUCACCCCUCCCCCUGGGUUUCGGGAUGCUCGGGGGUCUAGUGCCUGUUUCUCUACCCUUCCAGUUCCCCUCGCUACUCAACUUCAAUCCACCAGGUCCUGGAGUUCCAGGCUGCAGCAACAUGGGGGCUUCACCCACUCCAAACUCAGGAUACACCCUGGCACAGAAUCUAUUUAAGAGCCUGCAGUCAGGGUCUCAGGUUGCUCUACCUCCCCACUUGCAGCUUGCUUUCUCAGAUACAAACCAAAGUCAGGGAGGAGACACCAAGAGGAAGUCCCACUGACCACCACAAGCAGAAUGUACACGCUGGCGGCGUCCAAGACGGAUGUUUUUUUUCUCAGCUGCUCGGAAUCAGAACUGAAAAGCUUGAAUUGUGGAAUCAAUGUUGCGGGGAAGACUUUCCUACACUUUCAUUGAGAUUAAAUUCAGAGGACUUUAUCAAUGAGUUUUUCUUCAAAUUAACCUCACACUGCUUUUAAACCCAUUUGGAGAACAGAAGAAAGCUGGGUGGAUUUUAAUAUUUUUGUCGACAUGUUUACAAAAGACCUUAAUCACUGUGGACACAGAGAUAGUUAUUGAGAGGAAGAAAACAAAGCAGAUAAUUUUUAUUUAAGUUAUCGUCGGCUGGAGACGUGCAUUCCCUUGUUUAUUUUCUUAGUAGAUUUUUUGUUUGGAACUAUAGGGAUGUUGUCGUCCAACCGUUUCCUUAAAGACUGUUAGAAUAGUAGCUAUUAAUAAUAAUACAAAUGGGUAAAUUAUUUAUAAUUUUUUGACACAGGGACUUACGAUGUUUAUGUGUAUUGGUAGAAUAAAUUGCAUAUGUAUAUAAAAUAUACAUAAAUAUUACGUGAUAUAUUUUCUUUCAAGGUCAGUCUGUAUGAUGUUUAUCAUCUGUGUGCGCAGAUGUCUCGCUGUCUUUGGUGCUGUGUAUCUCACUGGACCUUGUGGAAAAAAUCUUGGAAAAUAUUCUUUCAUGUAUGAAGAAUGAAUUGUGUGCAAACUUUUCAUAGAUUAUUGAGAUUAUAUUCUACUUGAAAUUUAUUUCAAUUUUAUUUUAUUGCUUAUUAUUAAAAGUACAAACCCCCGACAAUUUCAAUAAAACGCCUUAGUUUGUAAGUUUAAAUAACUAUGCAGGACUGUACAAUGCUUCAAUGCAAACGUAAACUGUUGUUUAGCUCUCUACUUCUAACCAGUAGUUGUGUGUGUGUGGAUUUUGGGGAGAUUUGUUUGUAUGUGUGUGUCCAUUUUGUCCCAAUAAGUCACUGGAUAUUUAGUUCUCACAUUUCAUCCCAUGACGCGUUUAUCAAUUCAAGAUGUCUCGCACUGUUCACCUGCAUCUUAUGACUGUGUUGAAAUGAGAGUGGGCACCAAAGAUGACAGCAUUAGCUCAGUUAACAAGCAACAGGUCAGGUGUCUGUGUGUGUGUUGUCAUUGUAAUGUUCUGUAUCUGUUUGUAGGCCAAACUAAAAGUGUGGUCUUGUCUCUGUGGAUAGUGUGAUGACGGACAUUUCUAAAUUGAAUUUUAUAUUGCUUGAUUUUCUUUUCUAAAACGCUAAAGUGGGUGGGAACGAUUUUAAUGAAGCUCACGUCUUGACUUUCUUAGGAGUCGAUUAUUUUUGUCUUGAUUCUGGAAUAAUGCGUCAUUUUUGUCUCAAGUGAGAGCGCUGAAAAAUUCAAUAAAAAAAUAGUGGAUAUGG